GGACGGAGCCGGGGCAAAAUGGUUGUCGAGAAUUCGAUAUACCUACACACUAAUCUCUCGGGUCAAGUUCAAUAGUUGUUUACAUUACAUUAGCAAAAUGUGAAAAAAAAACUCAGUGAAACGCCGAGUUCGGGCGGGAUAGCUUGUGGUAUGUUGGACACUUGUUCAACAUUUGUUCAACAUGUUGUUGUUGGUGUUAUUGUUGAUAUGUUGUAGUGUGUGCAAGUGUGAAGUGGGAGACCUCGGUUACGAUUUGAACAUUGGGAACACCAUCGAUGUUUUUGCUAACUACGGAGACCUCUCUCAAGUGACGCAGGUGGUCUCAGCAGAUUACGAGGACGAUGGCCAGGAGCCCAUAGUUCCCUUCAGCGAGAAGAACCUUCGGGUCUUCGCCAAUUCCAGCAGCCGCAGUGUGGUGGGCGGGUCUACUACAAAUAUGGAGAUACAGAUAUGCGACACCUUUGAAGACUUGCUCAACACGUACUUUAGCAACUUUAAGAUUGAAGGAACAGACAGACCAUGGAAAGCGUUCAUGGGCGAUUGGGUGGACGACGAAAUCCUCCGCACCAUGGGCAUCAUGUACGAUGGGAAACUUGAGAACUGCUGCUACGUCCUGGUCAAGUGGACCAAGCCCCACACUAGUGCUCAACUGGAUGACCUGACUGGUGUGGCGGUGAAGGAUCAUGUUGGAAGGGCGGUGGAUGCUUUAAAUGUCAGUGACACUGCAGAAGUUAGACGGUUUAUGAAGAGCUACGGGACGCAUUAUAUCGACUCGUAUGUGACGGGGAAUUUCAUUUACCAGGUGUUCAAAUACAAGCGCUCCGGUUUCAACCUUCUCCGAGCGUACAUGCGCGUAAAAGUGCGAAACGCGAAGGCUAGCAAUAACUCUGACAACUUGCGGUUUUACUUCUCUUCGUAUUUCUUGAAGCAAGUGGGAGAUAUAAAGGUGGCAAGCGGCAACAAAACAGUCGAGGCCUGGGCCAAAAAGAAUCUACGCGAAAGCCAGUACCUCUACUCUCGACCAAGUCUACUCAAGCUGCACUAUAGCCCGUAUCUAGCGUACAAACUCAACGAGCUCUUACGGGCAGACAACGGGGCCUUACUAGGCUUAGAUCUAAAGACCUUGAGGCCUUUGUUCAAAGACAGAAACAAGGCGGAAAAGUACGCAGAGAUUGUCGAAAACGAUUUGAAGCUGUGGGAGGUUAAUGCGUGAUAUCAACUUAGAAUACAGACAGCAUAUGAAGCUAAAUAGCAGCAUUUGAUUAGUUGUAAUAAGAGAGAUCUUGGAACAAAAAUAUAGUCUUUCGGAUGUACUGUGGACUGUACAAAGAUUUACGACAAAGCAUCAUCAUUAGGUACAUUGUACACGCUAAAGCUAAAGGAGUACCUUUAAAUUCCUUUUACAUAAGUGUUAAUUUAUUAUUGUAACUAAAAUAUUCAAAAUAGUCACAAAUUAUUUAUGAGCACAUGUCACGUCGCAAUGUGAAUAUAGCUUUAGUAUUUGCAAGGACGAAUAAAACGGCAUUUCAUUAGUUAACGACGUUUGGUGUUAGCUUUUUGACUCUAAUAAUAAAGGUAAAUAAGACUUACAAAUCAACAUUUAAAUACAGAAGUACCAGAACUAUCAUUCUUAACUC